AUGUUGCUAAACGUGGUCAAAGGACCACAGAGUUAUAAAGACCUGAAGACAGUCAAUGGGAGGGUGUGUGAAUCAUUUAAGGAAGCAUGCUAUGCAUAUGGAUUGCUAAAUGAUGAUCGCGAGUGGGGUGAAGCAAUUACAGAAGCCAAAUCAUGGGCGACUGGGCCACAACUUCGCCAGAUUUUCAUUACCAUGCUGCUGUUUUGUGAGGUCAGUAGUCCUAUUAAUUUGUGGAACGCCCAUUGGGAAGACUUCUGUGAGGAUAUUUUGUAUAGAAAGCGAAAGCUUUUCAUGUUCCCUGGAUUGCAGCUUUCAGAUGAGCAGAAAAAGAACUACUGUUUAAUGGACAUUCAAGAUCUGCUCCACAAAAACGGAAAAUCCCUCGAAGAUUAUCCAGAUCUUCCAAAACCUGAUCCAGCCUUAGUAACUAAUGACGACAACCGCUUGAUAAGAGAAGAGUUGACGUACAAUCGAAUGGCUGAAGCGGUGGAGCAUGAACAGCUUUAUGCAAGCCUGAACUCUGAUCAACAUUCUAUAUAUGAGCAGGUUCUGAAAUCUGUUCACACUAAAACGGGAGGCUUUUAUUUUGUGUAUGGCCCAGGAGGUACAGGAAAGACAUUCUUAUACAAGGCAAUCAUUACACGACUAAGAUCCGAAGGAUUGAUUGUCCUGGCAGUAGCAUCAUCAGGAAUUGCUGCGCUGCUACUUCCUGGAGGUAGGACAGCACAUAGUCGGUUUGUUAUACCCUUGGAGCUUUUUGAAACCAGCACAUGUGGGAUAAAACAAAACACACAUCUAGCAGAGCUAAUGCAGCAGAACACGUAUAUUGGGGGCGUGACAGUUUUACUAGGUGGAGAUUUCCGACAGAUUUUGCCUAUUAUACCCAAAGGUAAGAGACAAGAAAUUGUGCAAGCGUGCGUCAACAAGUCUGAAUUAUGGAAACAGUGUCAGAUGUUCACUCUAACACGAAGCAUGAGAGUAAAUGAGCUGACUACAUCUGGAGACAUUGACACUCGGAAGCAACAGUUUAACAAAUGGGUCCUAGAUGUCGGUGAUGGGGCUGUACCUGCAAAAGCAAAACCAGGGGAAGACGAGCCCACUUGGAUUAAAAUCCCUCAGAACUUCAUCAUCGACUAUACAACGUCUCCAAUUGAUGAAAUUAUUUCAGAGACCUUCCCAGACUUUCUAGAAAGACAAGAUGAUGAAGAAUAUUUAAGGGAAAGAGCUAUCCUGACCCCCAAAAAUGAUGAUGCGGAUGAGAUAAACGAGACUAUGCUUAACAAACUUAACCGUCCAGGCAAGACCUACAAAAGCUCGGAUGAAGUAUGCAAAGCGUCUACCGAUAGUACAGAACAAGAAUCAUUGUACCCGGUUGAGUUUUUAAACACCUUAACUUUCCCUGGUAUGCCACCACAUGAGUUGCAUGUGAAAGAAGGGCUACCAGUCAUGCUGUUGCGGAAUGUGAAUCCAGCACAGGGCUUAUGCAACGGUACACGUCUUCUGAUUACUGGGUUGGGCAGGUUCAUUAUUAAAGCCAGAAUCAUAACCGGAUCAAACAUUGGAGACACAGCCUUAAUACCAAGAAUCACUCUGUCCUCAACAAAAAGCAAAUGGCCAUUCAUAUUUAAAAGGCGACAAUUCCCGAUAAAACCGUGCUACGCCAUGACUAUUAACAAAAGUCAGGGACAACCACUGAAUUUCGUUGGCCUUUACUUGCCGAAACCAGUUUUCAGCCACGGACAACUCUAUGUUGCUCUUUCUAGAGUAACAACACCCGAAGGUUUUAAGGUCCUCAUGAUCGAAGACAACGACACAAACCUCAAACAUCAUACAAGAAACAUUGUAUACAAAGAGGUCUUCAACAACUUAUUUAACUGA